CACGCCUCAGCUCAGGCGUCAGGAAGUGAUGUGUUUCUCCUCCUCCAGCGCGACCAGCGACACGCCCAGCUCAGGAAAGCGCCUUUUUAACGUUCUGGAAUCAUUUACGAUAUGUCGUCAUUAAGUGUGAAAUCGGAUAAAGAGAUCUGCCAGCUGCUGGAUGAAUAUGGCAUCAAACAUGGACCCAUAGUAGAAUCCACAAGAAAGCUCUAUGAAAAAAAACUGAAUGAGGCCAUGGCCAAAAAAACCAAGCCUUCCUCACCUGACAAAACAUACUACAGAGAAGAACAGGAAGAAGUGGAAUAUGUUACCUAUCAUCAGCCCCAGCAACAAACAAGACACGAAGUAUAUGGUGAUGUCACAAGGAGAUCAAAGGCCAGCGAUUCAGAUUUUGCCCACGAUGUGGGGUCAAAGUUGUCAGCCUACAGAGAUGAUGUUGACUAUACCAACGAGCCUGUCACCCGCCAGUCUCACUCAGCCUAUCAGAGCUCUUCUCGUCCGCCAACCUCUAAACCCGUCCAGAGUGCAGAGAGCACAAAGUCUGCAGGUGUGCCGGCGUGGCUGCGCAUCCUGGUGUUUCUCAUCAUCGCUGCCUUUUUGUAUUAUGUAUACACAUCUAUGGAGCCAGCAGAAGAGACGCCCUUCAAAACCAUUCAGUAGAACAUAUUAUAGUCAUCAGCCCCAACCAAAACUCACUUAUUUAAAGAACCACCAAAAAUAGAGCUUGAUCUAACUGCAAACCAUGUUCUCUGAUAGAGUUGUUCUGCCACCACCAAUUGGUGUAAUAUGUUAGUCAAAUAUUUGUCUUGCACAUUUUUAUAAAGAAACAGAAACGUAUGAAAGGUGAAUUUUUAUAAUGACUGGGGCAUUUUCAACAUUUUAGAGCUUAUUUUCUUUUAAAAUUGAAUGUUGACAUAUUUACGCUGUGUCCGUAUGUUAGAGGCUUAUGUUCUUGGGAUAUUCUGUAAAGCUUUAUUUGGUAUUCUGCCUCUGUUUGCUUUUUUUUUUCUUGGUUUAAACCGUUUUUUCCGCCUAUAAUUUUUAGGGUGCUGAAUUCUUCUGAAGCAGUGCAGAUUUAAUACACACAUUGUGCUAUUCUAUGUACAUUAAAAUGCUUAUGUAGAGGGAGGCACAAGCACGCACACACUACAUUUACAUUAGUAGUAACAUAAGUGCCUUUGUUACGAUUGUUAUUUAAAAAAAGUAUAAAAGAAAUAUAUUGUAUAAACUGAAUUCAUUUUUGUUAAAAAAAAAAAAAACCCUAAGUAUUAUCCUCUCGACAAUAUUGAUAACACUAUUAGAAUGCAUUGCUCAUUUUUUGUUUACUGUUUUGUUUUAAUAUAGUUUCCCAUAAAAGUAGCUAUGCUACUGAUAUAUUAAUAUUGAGUUUUCGUUAGAUAUUGAUGUUUUAUUGUGUGAAUUACGGAAAGUAAAUGAACAAAAUGUUUAAACAUUCGUCAAAUUGGAAAAUGACUAACAAUUUAAACCCAUGCAAACCACUUGUAAAAUAUCUGCUUACCUUGGCUGGCAUUUGUUUUUUUUCCUGUAUGCAUCAGCUUGAAACUCUUUUUGAGCAAAAAUAAAGUUGUUUUAAGAAAGUU